AGGAGCAGGACUGGCAGCAGGGAUUAGAGGCUGAGGGCUUGCGUGGGGUUUUUAUAACAUUUAUAUACAUUUUAUAGCAUUUCUAAUUAGAAUUUAUUUACUAUUUUUGUAGUACUUUUGCAAGCCUAAACUACUCCACUUUGAUCCUUCUUUUUAAAACACUGAAGUAAUAUUAUAAAUACUUAUACUUGACAACAACAACAAAAAAACUAUUUAAAAAAAAAAAAGGGACCGAUUUACUAAGCAGUAUCAAAGGCAAUUGAUAUUGUAUUUAUUGUUAGCAGUAAGGAUCGCAGUUAUUUGUGUUUUUAUAUUUGGGAAAUAAUAAGUAACAAUGACAGCAGUGCAGUUUAUUAAUAUCCAGAGGUUACUGGAAGCUGCAGAAUAUUUAGAGAGGAGGGAGAGAGAAUGCGAACACGGAUAUGCAUCAACAUUUCCUUCUAGUCAGAACUCAAACUAUCAAAGACAAAGAAAAUUCAGGAAUAAAAACUCGAGCAGCAAUGACAACAGGUCUACACACAACGAAUUAGAAAAGAACAGGCGAGCACACCUACGAUUGUGUUUGGAGCGACUUAAGGCACUUAUACCACUGGGACCAGACUGCAACAGGCACACAACGCUGGGGUUACUCAACAAAGCCAAAGCACAUAUUAAGAAACUUGAAGAGACGGACCGUAGGAGUGAGUACCAGCUGGAGACCCUGCAGCGGAAGCAGCGGCACUUACAGAGACAGCUGGAGCAGCUCCAGGGGGUCCAGGACAGGGAGAGGGUACACAUGGACAGCCUGGACUCUACCCUGUGCUCUGACCACUCCGACUCAGAUCAAGAAGAGAUUGAGGUAGACGUGGAAAGCACAGAGUUCUCCCAUGGAGAAAUGGACAGUGUGAGCACAACCAGCACCAGCGACCUCGAUGACCACAGCAGCCUGCAGAGCAUGGCCAGUGAUGAGGGCUACUCCAGCUGCAGCAUUAAGCUUGCCUUCUCCACCUAGAUGCCUGGAGCAGUGGGGGUGUGGGUGGGAUAGAGGGGGCAUUCACAACACAAGGCUCUACCCACAUCAGUACCCAUGGGGUUGAGAACUUGAACCUGCUUCAUGCUUGACAAUUAGUAAAAGGGAAGGUUCUCGAUUGCUUCAACAAUUUCCUUCUGCAAAAAUGCACAUUAACAUGUUUACAGAUACCCAACUAAUUUAAAAACCUUUCCUGAUGGAUUUAUACAUUAGACUCUGUUCCAUUCCAUUCCAACACCAAGUUAACUGUAUUGAGUGAAAUAUGAACAUGUAUGUGAUAUUUUAUUUGAGAUAUUGCCAUUGUCUGUGUACGCUUAUGAAGCAAAAUUUGGUUCUGCCCCAGGGGUUCUGGGUUGGUGCUCUAUGAUACUUAAGCUCUUCUGGAAACAGGAUAAAAUGGACAUUAAUAAUUGGGAUCAUUAUUCAACUCGCCAUAUCAUUAUUUUCACGUGUGAACAUUGUUAAUGCACAGUAAUGCACCCCACGUUGUGUGCAAUCAUCACAGCUCGAAGACUGAAUUUGAUGCUACAUCGCUUUCAUUUGCUAACGACAGAUAAAAAUGCAGAUAAGAUAGCUGCAUGGCCUUUGCAAUGUUAUAUCAAAAUCAGCAAGAUGGAAUGAAAUGGUAUCUGUUCACGUAUGCGUGGGUAUUUAGUAGGUGCAGCCAACAGAGCAGCUACUGCAAGUGCUGUCCAUGCCUCCAAAAGGCAAUGCUGUCCUCACAGUUUAAGAAAUGGUGUUGCUUCAUAACCGGAGUCCUGAGCAGUAGCACUGCUGUUUAUUUUGUUUUGAUCAUUUUUUACUUUAUUGAGGUCUAUUUUAAUGAUGUUAACAGUAGCAGACUCAAAUACUGCCCUUCAUAAUAAGCACACUGGUGCUCUUGGAUUAUUUAUGUUAUCUUAUUAAUAUAUUUAACAGAAAGAAAAUAAUGAAUUGAGUUUCAGGGAAGCAGUAAUAAGAUCUGCCAAUGUUUAGAUCAUUAAAAUAAAAAACGUUUCUUCACAAUACAAAUCAGUGUCUCUCCAACAUCAAUGUGAAUUUGUUAGUUUAUUAAAAUCUAAGGAGUUAUGAAAUAAUUCCUAAGAAAAACUAGACAUAACACAGUCAAUGGGCUUUAUUUACAAAGUAUCUGUGGAGACAUUUUGACCACCAUGUCAUGUUAUUGUGUUUAUUUGUUUUAAAACACAUCAUAGUGGUUUUCUUCCUGAUCAUGAGGACAUUUGGUUGGCUGAAGAAGAAACAAUGACAACAAACUGGUAUUUCACCAGUUUUUAGGGACUUCUGUUUAUAAAACACCAAGUUUGAGUGGCACGCUUUUAUCAUUUAUUGUAUUUACUAAAAGUUUGACAAUUUAACACUUUUUUUUUUUUAAAGCUGUGUUGAGUCACUAGGCGAGGUGAAUGAGGGAUGUUUGUUAGAAAUGUUAAACCUCAGUUUCAAGAUCUCCUCACACCGCCACCCCACCCAUUUUUUAUACAUCAACAAAUGUCAAACCUCUAAUUUAUGGUCGAGACCUCGAGAAUGAGAAUCGGUUCAAAACCUUUGUUGUUCACAUUUAAUUUAAUUACCCCCCACUCGAGAUCCACAAGAUUGAAAGUUAACUUAUUGAUGAUUUUAUUUGGUUGUAUUUGUUUUUUUUGUUGUUUUUUUCCCAAUUCCGGUAAUGAUUCCUUGUUUCCAGAAAUGGAAGAGGAAAAAGUUAAUAAACAAAAAGUCUAGUAGAUUAGUCAUGUUGUGUUUUGGUAUAUAUUUUGAUCCUUCAUCACCUAAAAAUUACCUCCAGUAAUAGCCCUGUUUCAGCUGAACAGCAGAUGUUCUUUGCAGACAUUCUUUUUUCUAGAGUAAGUGGAAGAUAUGCUUGUCAGGUGACUCGUAGACAGUCAAAAGAUCCGUUAUCUUAGUGUACGUUAUCAUCUACUCCAGCCAUCCAGAGCUGAAGACUUGAUUGAAAUUGUGGUCUUAACCAACACUCGAGUUUAUGAUAGUCCUAAAUUUACUUGGACACAACCUUUAGCGUGCAAAGCAGCUGAGAUUGUCUGCCACAACACAAAUGUUUGGUGCUAUUCAAACUACAUUCAAAGCAGCACAUUUUGGGAAAUAACUACCUCGUACUGUGAUGUUGCUGUACAAGAACAUAGGCCUACUCAAGUGUAAAGGGAGGCUAGUAGGCAUUUGUAUCCUGCACUGAACCGCUCCACAUCUACAAUAGGUACUUGGAACAUAUGUGGCCAUUUGUAAGAAAAGCAGCAGUUUUCAUACCCAUGAUCACGUUCCACAAAUAAGAAAGGUAGAAUGUUAUACUUGAUCCCAUGCUGUAAAGCUUUUAAUCAAAUACAGUAUCCUCAGCAAAGACUUGCGAAUGCCUGGAUUUUAGUAGGGCAUUGGAACACCAGAACAUAAGCAGUCACAAAACAAUUGGUUACACAUUGUGCAUCUGUUUUUGGUACAUGCCAGCUACCCCCCCAAAAGCUACAAAUUUUCAUGGUGAAAUAUUCAAUAUUUAUCUGCAAACUUUUACUUUAGGUUUUUUAUUAUUAUAUAAAAAAAGCACAGCUAACUUAAUCGUUCAGGUUGUCGUCCUUGUUUGUGGGAAAACAAUUUCCCUUUACUCCUUUGAUCCUAUGUAUAAUAUAUUAAAAAAAAAAAAAAAAAAAAAAAA